CUCAAUGGCAUGCAGUGAUUGUGGUGAUCCACACGGACGAGGUGGUGGUGGUGGUGGCUGGGUGAGAGGGAAGGUGUCGGUAGACAAUUCUCCUACCGUUGUGCAGCAUGUAAUGUACUACUGUUUCCUGUCUGUGUUGUCUUCGACUCAGUGACUUCAUCGCCAUGUUAUGCUUUCCUCGGUGGGCGGGACACAGCGCUCUAAAGCCGGACUACUUCAUUUAGUUCUCUGCUCUUCAACAUCCACACACACGCACAAGGUUGAGUUUAGUGCGACUUAAAUCCGUGCACACACAAAACCCAACCUUUGUCCUAAGCACGGAUAUCACCCUCUGGCCUUUUUGUUCAGACGGGAAUAGUUGAACGUUAGUGUCUGUGGCGUGAAGCUGCUUCCGGUCACGUGACAGCGUCGCCUGUGCAAUGGCCUAGUUUUCACGUGCGUCCGCCACAGAGUGGGUGCCACAUGCACGUUUCGCCCUAAACGUCUGCCCUUCCUGCCAGUCUUUCCUGCCAAAUAUCACCGCGACCGCGCGUGCUUCGUUGUUUUGCAAGCCGCCAUCGGGCCUUGGGGAGGGCAACCGUUGUCUGAUGCGACCCCAAGACUGCUGGGGUCCCGCCUAAAGGUCCUGCUGAGCGUGAGAAGCGUUCGCCGUGAUAAGGUCUUGGCGCGGUCACAGCAGUUCUGCACAUUGUCAAGAGGAAACUGAACGGAUCCGGAAAACGCACGAGAGUGCAGCUAGUCCACGACACUGCGAAAACAGUUAAACGUUGUGCUACAACUUGGGACAUCACCAUCUGAUCCUUUUCCCCACCCAGAAGAGAGUGGAAGGGGAAAAAAAAAAGAAUAUCAAAUGGGCACAGCGCUCCCCUUGGGUUCCAUCCUGCAGCCUGUUAACCUGCCAAUUGCACAAUGAGUGAUGUGUUGGAAAAGCUGAUGAUCCACAAAUCAACAUACCUUUUGUGACCUGGAUUUCAACAAGCCACAUAAACUCCAGCACAUUAUUACAUCAUGUCUGGGCGACCUGGAGGGGAUGUUACUCAAGUGACCAAUGCCUUCAAUCCACGUUUGCCUAAUGGGAUUUUGGUGGCAAUCCUCAUGUGUAUUGGGUUUGUGGGCAACUCACUUGUGCUGUACAUUUAUCACUUCAAAAUGCCACGGACUGUUUUCUCCACUUUUGUGACAGUUCUAGCAUUAUUGGAUCUGUGCACUACAGUAUGUAGCAUGCCCCUUGAUGUUGUUAUGAAGACCAUUAUUUUAGACAGCCACCAGACUCUAAAUAUUUUGUGCAAAAUUGCUCACUGUGAAGUCUAUGGAACCAGUUUGGCCAGUGGAAGUGUUCUGCUUCUAAUUGCUGUGACACGGUACCGUAAAGUUUGCCAUCCCCUCAAGUCUUCUUUGAACAGGCGGCAAGCCAAAGCACUCUGUAGUGUGAUCUUUUUUGUGUCCAUGGCCUUAUCAACCAUAACCCUAGUUAUCCAUGGGCCAGAGUCUGUGAAGAUAAUUCUGGAUGAUCAGAGGCCAAGCACAAAGAGUUAUUCCAAUUUGGGUAAAGUAACAAAUUCCCAGAAUCCCCCUUUCCAAACUCACCAAGGUGUCAAUGUCACUGGACAGCCAGCCUCACUUCAACUAAAUAACACUGUUGAUGAAAAUGGCUCUGCAGGGAAUACAGGAAACAGAACAGAACCAACAGGUGAAAUUGUGGUUCCCAUAGAGAUAUGUCGUGUCAGUGAACAACACAAGGGCACAGCUUUAUAUUAUGCUCUGUCGUCAAUUCUAAUGGCAGCCUUUGCCAUCAUAUUUCUGUUGUUAGUUGUUCUCCAUUGCCGCAUCUCACACUCCAUUAAUACAUUUCAGAGGCGACGGUCAGACUUAAUGCGGUCUAGUAUUCAAUCUGAUGACAGUACCAACAGUCUGACAAGCAUCACCACCAGCAUGUAUCGCAUCUUUGUUACCAUUACUAUCGUCUUUCUUGUCAGCUAUCUUCCACACCUCAUCUGCCUGAUCGUGGAGCCAGUGGUCUAUAAGUCUAAUGCUCCCAUGCCACAACACUGGCGAAUGAUUAUGGAUGUUGCUUACAACAGUCCUUACAUGAAUGUCAUUGCUAAUCCUUUUAUAUAUGGCUAUAGAAGUGCUGUAUUUCGUAGAUACUGCCUCAAACUUCUGGCAAGCUGCUUUUGUUGCCACAGGAGAUACAAAUGAAAUAUCUAAACAUCAGAGGAAAAUGUUUCACUUUGAUUUUCAGUAAACAUUUAACCAUCUUAGGGCUAAGCAUGCACCCAUUCUGACAUUCUGAUUUAGUACAAUAGUAUGAACUUUGAUGAGGCAUAUUUGAAAAAUCUGUUUUGAAUGAUUAACACUUAGAAAGAAAAAAACCCUUGGAGAAAAAGGAAAAUCCAUUACAAAACCGAAACAUUUGUCCUAGAAUUGAAGUAGGAAUUUGAAUACAGAAAAACCAUUACUAACUGUAAAAUAUUCUUAAAUAUUUUUAAAAGAAUGCUUGACAGCCUAAGGUUUCAGAUGAUUACAAUGAGAUUUCAGAAACUGACAGGUCAAGAAGGUGCUGUGUUGAAAAUUAAUCUUUCUUAAGGCAAGUAAGAUAAUCAGGCAUUUGAAGGUUGGCAAAACAGUCUUGACCCUAUUUUAAAAAAAGUUAUCUCCCUUGCACUGCUUUUUUUAGGUAAAAAUGUGGGUGAGGUCUAGCCCCACAUUGCAGGUUGAUGCAUGUCUACAAUGACCUUGCCAUGAAAAAUUUGUUUGAAAUGCCCUACCCAUUACAAGUCUGCUAAGACAAUAUGCUCAGCUUUUAAAGUCUCAUUGAUACUCUAAUGAAGUAAAUCUACAUGCAAAACAC